CUGGAGAUCUGUCAAAAAUAUAUUUGGAGGUUAUGUUGUGAACUUGUGAAAGUCAACAAAUAAAAAUUUAUUUGGCGAUUCAAAAUGACCGUAAAACCUCGUGAAAGGCCAGCCGACGAUGAUGACGACCCGGUCGAAAAUAUGCUGAAGAAGACUGGCUGUAUAGAGCUGCAUUAUAAAGUUCAGGAGUGCAUAGCUACCACCAAGGACUGGAGGAAGUGCCAGACAGAGGUCAAUGAGUUCAGAAGCUGCAUUUCUAAACACAAGCAAGAAGAGAUGGCUAAGGCCAAAAGUUGACCUACAAAAAUAUUAAUUUAAUUUAUUUGUUUUAAAAUAAAAAUAGUUGAUGAGGCAUUUGUGUUAAAAAUGAUGCAUUUUUACCAAAAAUAAAAGUGUUGGUUGCAAGUUUUGUGUAAAUAUAGUUUUGUUCCAAAUA